ACUUUCUGCAGACACACAUAAGGAAGUGAGUUCAGAUGAUGAGAUGGAGCAGGAGACAUUGAACGCACUGAACUCUCUCAGUCUGGAGCAGACGAGUCACAAUAUCGACACAUUCAGGCUCCACAUGGUCACAUGGAAUGUGGCCACAGCCGAGCCUCCUAAUGAUAUCAGCUCUCUGCUACAGCUAAACUCCCCGAAGGAAGCGGAUCUCUAUGUGAUAGGUCUGCAAGAAGUGAAGGCAGCACCUCUGAAGUUUGUCAGUGAUCUGGCCUUCGGGGAUUCCUGGAGUUCCUUGUUCAUGGACACGCUGGCUCCACUGGGUUAUAUCAAAGUUUCUUCUAUUCGGAUGCAGGGUCUGCUUUUGAUGUUUUUUUCAAAGUUGGAUCACGUCCCCUUCAUCAGAGAUAUUCGGGCUGCGUACACACGUACUGGGAUUUAUGGAUACUGGGGGAAUAAAGGAGGGGUGAGCGUUCAUCUGUCCUUCUAUGGUCACACGCUCUGUUUCCUCAACUGUCAUCUGACUCCUCACAUGAAUUAUGCUUCUGAGAGAGUGGAUGAAUUCGAAUACAUCCUAAACACUCAGACCUUCGACGACAAAAACCCUCUUUCCAUUUUAGAUCACAAGCUGGUCUUCUGGUUUGGAGACUUGAACUUUCGCAUCGAGGACCAUGGCAUGCACUUUAUUCGCAACUGUAUCACAAGCCAGACUUUCAACUUGCUGUGGUCUAAGGAACAGCUGACUAUGAUGAAAAAGAAGGUUCCUAAACUGCAGCAAUUUGAAGAAGGACCUCUUGAUUUUCAGCCCACAUAUAAAUUUGACUUGAACUCUGAUAACUAUGAUUCCAGGGUACAGAGCGCUUGGUUUGGUCUUAUUGGGAAGAAGCGGAAGCCAGCAUGGUGUGAUCGAAUUCUGUGGCGAGUGAAGCCUAAAACAACACCCGAGGGAGCUAACACAGAGCCUGAUGGUCACGAUGUAGAUCAGAAGCAAUUAGAGGAUGAGUAUCCGCUAAAAGUAGUGCAGGAUUUGUACACCAGCAAGAUGGAAUACAGCAUCAGUGACCAUAAGCCUGUCAUUGGCAUCUUCAGACUGGAGCUGAGGAAGAUGUACGAGUCUCCACUGGUGCGUCUGAGAGCUGAAGGUGACUGGAGUGCAGAUCUGGAUGGUGUGGUGACUUGCAGCCAACUGCAGCCAUUUUCAUCUAGUGCCUGGGACUGGAUCGGUCUUUAUAAGGUUGGAUUCCAGAGCAUUUCUGACUAUAUCACCUACACCUGGGUAAAGGAUGACCUGGUGGCCUUCAACAAUGAGCUCAUACAGGUUUACAUUAACAAGGAGGGGAUUCCAGUGCUAGGAGGAGAGUGUGUACUCUGCUACUACAGCAGCAACCUGCAAUGCAUUGUGGGCAUUAGUCAACCUUUUAAGGUUAAUGAAUCUCAAGCUGCAAUUGAAGAAGGAUUUUUGCCUGAGAAUAUAAAUGGACUUGACCAGACAUUGACCAGUUAAAUCUGCGUGUGCUCCUUUCUUUUAAACUGUUCUAUGUUGGAUGCCUCAGAAAACAUCACCUUUUGGGUCCAGUUCUUGCUGUUGCAACUUUUUACCAGAUCUUUUUGUUCACACUUAUUAUUCUUAUAAUUAUUUUUCCUCAGACAUUUCAGUAAGCUCUAUAAGCAGAGUUUUUUUUUUUUUUUUUUCAGAUUUAUUGCCAUUGUUACAUUUUAAUGUUGAUAAUGUUGUUUGUUCAUAACAUUUUUUUUAUUUCUUUAGUUUAAUUCUGGUAAUAUACUAGUUUAGUGUCAUCAGUGUUAUUAUAUAUUUGAUCUGAUUUAAAUCUGUACUGUUACAAAAGGUUUUAUGAAGAAUGUAGGUCAUUUACACUGAUAUCCAUAACAGAUUUUUUAGUUUAUUUUUGAUGUCAUGUAUUUCUUGUAUGUACAUAAUAAUAAUUUAAACAUAAAUCUUUAGCUUAUGUUGUGUCUAUUAAAUAUUUAUAAAGCCUGAUAUACACACAAUGCCAGUUCAAUUAUGUUUAUGUAACCUGUGUAAUGUUUUAAUAUGCAGCACACAGAUUUAUUUACAAUAUUAUACAAAAGUGUGGAAAAUGUCACUUUUUACUGACUGUAUCAACCAAGACCUCUUUUGUAAUUAUGCACACGUGCAUAGCAACAUGAUAAAAUUAAGUCUGUCUC